GUUAUUCAUCCGGGUCGGGUGGAAAUUGCAUCACAAUUCACAAGUUCUCAUCUUUCCAUCCCUUUGAAACACUAAUUGGCUGCAGCUGUCGACAAUGGCCGGCAAGUCUGAGAGUUUCUUGAAGCUUUACGGAUACGAUCUGCUGUUGGGGUCGAUUGCCGCGUUUUAUGUCUUCGCCGCCCCUUACACUAAGGUUGAAGAAAGCUUCAACGUUCAGGCAAUGCACGAUAUUUUGUUUCAUAGACAUCACUUAGAAAAGUAUGAUCAUUUUGAUUUCCCUGGAGUUGUUCCUCGCACAUUUAUUGGUGCUUUUUUUGUAUCAAUAUUGGCAUCUCCCGUUGUUGCAGCAAUGAGUUUUGCGCACUUGCCAAAGAUUUAUAGUCUUUAUGUGGUGAGACUGGUGUUAGGUUGCAUCACUUUGUUUACCUUACGGUUUUUAAGGGAACAGAUCAGGAAGAAAUUUGGAUAUCAAGUUGAAGCAUUUUUUGUGAUACUGACAGCUUCUCAGUUUCAUAUGCUGUUUUAUUGCACUCGUCCUCUUCCUAAUGUAUUCGCAUUUUGUUUAGUUAAUUUGGCUUAUGGUUUUUUGCUCAAAGGAAGUUUCUAUGCAACGUUAAGAUGUUUGGUAUGUUGUGCAACCACUCCGCCAGGAAACAUGAUCUCUACUUAUGCAUCAUUCAUUUUAACUUGCAGUAUCAUCCCGAUUUUUGCAAAAAGAUUAUUUCUACAAUCAUAUUCAGAUGUGAUAUUUUAUUGCUUCUUGCUCCAUUCGGCUUGCAACUAUUGCUGGUAUGGUGUGCAAACGUUGUUGAAGCAAAUCUACUAAGUUUUAUUCCCAUAGAUUAUUUCACUAUUCAUAUUUUUUUACUUGCACUAUUGUUCCUAUAUUCAUAAAAAUGUUCAGAGAGUUGUGAUUCAAAAGUGCCAAUCUCUUGAAGUAGAUAGUGCAAAUUUGUUUUGCAUGAAGAGUGUGAAUUGAUGCACUAUUUAUUGUUGCUUAGGAGCACAAAUCAAAAGCUGUUGUUUCCUCUUGAGCUGAGAAGGAUAUUGAAGAAUGUUAUUGUAAAUUCAUACAAGAAAAAAACAUAAAACUAUAAAAGUAUGACACAUCAUAGGAUUAAAUUAAUUUAUUUUAGUAUGUAUGCUAUUUUUUUGGUCUUCUUCUAAGUGCAGACAAAGUCAAUCUCUCUGUGGAAGGCAAUGAAAUGCAUGGAAACUGUUGUUUUCUGCAUAGGUCUUACAUUAUUGGUUGACUCUGUCAUGUGGAGGAGGCUAUUAUGGCCUGAGUUUGAGGUUUUCUGGUUCAACUCUGUGUUGAAUAGAAGUUCUGAGUGGGGUGUAUCCUAAAUCAUAAUUCGAUUUGUGCUUGGCUUAAAGUCUGCACUCCUAGAUAUAUACCUGAAUAUUUAUGUGUGGUUUAGUUUCUUUUUUAUUUCCCCCCGGCCAGCCAGCAGCAAAACUUCAUGAAAUUUUCAUCAUUUUUUCUUCUUCCUUCAUACUACUCUACAGACACAUCCUUUUCAUUGGUAUUUCACUUCAGCACUUCCCCGCUCAUUACUUGCUUCCUAUCCGCUUUUUGUGGUGAGUUUACUCUGAAAUCGGUAUGAUAUUUUAACCUUGAGCUCAACACCGUGCAUACAUUUAAAUCAGGGGUGGGAUUGGGCCUGGUCUGGUUGGUUAUUUAUGCCCAUUUGAGCCUGAAAAAUCUUUCCUUGCUUUCUAAUACAUAGUACUCUGUAUUUUACUUUUAAAUAGAACAAUCAUGUCUUCAUUUUCUCAUUAAUCUAUUGACGUAUAAUUUCCAUCAUCUCCGAUGGAGCCAAAAUUUCACCAUUUUUUGGCUUUGGGGUGUGAUGGAAUAAAUCAAAAUGGAUCUCUAAACUGUCUGCGCUUCUUUAAUUAAUGAAGUAGCAGUUAGUCAAGCAAUGCAACUUUCGACGUUGAGCCAGGGGUCUCUUUGGAAACAGCCUCUCUACUUUCAAGUAGGGGCAAGGUCUGCGUACACACACCCUCCCCAGACCCUACUCUUGUGGGAUUUAACUGGGUUGUUGUUGUUGUUCUAUUGACGUAUAGAAGUUACAGAUAAUCUUUUACAUAUUACUGGACAAAUUCUUGAACUAUUAUUACAAAAGUUUAAAGUCAUAACCAUUAGCAACUAGUAAACAGUUCUUUUUGAU